AUGGCGGCCGCUUCCAUGACGAUUUCGGCGCCGGCCUCCCUCUACGUCGGCGACCUCCACCCUGACGUCACCGACGCCCAGCUUUUUGAGGCCUUCUCCGAAUUCAAGUCUCUCACUUCCGUUCGUAUCUGUCGCGACUCCUCCACUGGCCGUUCCCUCUGCUACGGCUACGUCAACUACAUCUCUCCCCAGGACGCUUUUUGUGCAAUUGGGGCAAGGAACCAUUCUACAUUAAAUGGUAAAGCAAUAAGGGUUAUGUGGUCACAUCGUGACCCAGAGGCAAGAAAAAGUGGAGUUGGCAAUGUUUUUGUGAAGAAUUUGGGUGACUCUAUUGACAGCGCAAAGCUUCAAGAAAUGUUUAAGCCAUUUGGAAAUAUAUUGUCCUGUAAAGUUGCCAUUGCUGAUGAUGGGAAUAGCAAAGGAUAUGGAUUUGUUCAAUUUGACUCCGAGGAUGCUGCAAAUUCUGCUAUUGAGAAGCUCAAUGGCUCAGUUAUUGAUGACAAAGAAUUGUUCGUUGGUAAGUUUGUCAAAAAGAGUGACCGAGUUUUACUCAAUCCGAAUGCUAAAUAUACAAAUCUUUACAUGAAGAACUUAGACCCUGAAAUCACUGAAGACUACCUCAAUGAAAAAUUCUCUGAGUUUGGGAAAAUUGUUAGCCUGGUCAUCUCAAAGAGUGAAAAUGGGGCUUCAAAAGGUUUUGGUUUUGUGAAUUUUGAGAGUCCACAUGAUGCUAGGCGAGCAAUGGAGGCCAUGAAUGGGUCACAACUUGGCUCGAAUGUACUAUAUGUCGCCAGGGCACAGAAGAAAGCAGAGCGUGAAGAGCUCCUGCACCGUCAGUUUGAGGAGAGGAAAAGGGAGCGAAUGUUGAAGUAUCAGGGUUCAAAUGUGUAUGUCAAGAACAUAGAUGAUGCAGUAACUGAUGAAGAGCUGCGUGAACACUUCAGUUCAUGUGGCACGAUUACUUCUGCGAAACUUAUGAGGGAUGAUAAAGGAAUCAGCAAGGGCUUUGGAUUUGUUUGCUUCUCCAAUCCCGAGGAGGCUUUCAAUGCUGUGAAUACCUUUCAUGGAUCUAUGUUCCAUAAAAAGCCAUUGUAUGUUGCAAUUGCUCAAAGAAAAGAUGAGAGACAGGCCCAGUUACAGCUACAAUAUGGGCAAAUGGCAGGAAUAGCUGGACCUUCCACUGUUAUUCCAGGUGGAUAUCCACCACUUUACUACCCAGCACCUUCUGUUGUUCCUCCAGUCGCUGGACAAACAGGUCUAAUGUAUCAGCCCAUAGGAAUGAGGCCAGGAUGGAGGCCUAAUAGUUUUACAAAUUCAAGCAGACCUGCUUUCCAACCAGCUCAAGUUCCCUUGAUUCCUAAUGCUCCAAGACAGCAUAGGCAGAACAGAGGAAGGAUGGGUGGGCAUACGCAUCCACAAGGUGGUGGUCAGAGUGUUUCAUAUGUGCCACAUGCACAACAGUCUGGUCAGUUUAUGGCUUCAUCGAGAGAAUCAGGCAAUCAGCAGCGUGCUAAGUACAACCCAACUGGUCGUGUGCGGGAGAUGAAUAAGGCAUCUGCUGUACCUUCUGCUAAUGCAAGUGCUGCUCCACCUGUGCCCAUUGUAUCUGGGCUGGAGGGGUCACAAAUGUUAAGUAGUAUGCUUGCUGCUGCUUCUCCUGAAAAUAGGAAGCAAAUCCUAGGGGAGCGCCUUUUUCCUCUUGUCAACCAGCACAAGCCUGAUCUUGCUGCAAAAGUAACGGGUAUGCUUUUGGAGAUGGACAACUCAGAGCUACUCCUCCUGCUGGAAUCACCAGAAUCACUGGCUGCCAAGGUGGAAGAAGCUGUUGAGGUGCUAAAGCUGUCAAAGUCCAAAGUAUCUAGCAGCCAAGAAGCACUUCAUUCAAAUUACCUCUCCGCUGGGGUUGCUGUUAAUUGA